CCUUGAUAGAGUUCCAGGAGCUAAAAAAGCUUUUAAAGAGGUUAUUUUUGGUUAUUUACUAUGGCUUCAAGAUUAUUUUUUAGGGCACAGAAUUGUUGGGCACGGAAUUUCUAGGGCACGGAAUAACAGUAUAAAAGCUUUAUCAGUUCCCAGCUUUACUUCAUAACUCGUCUGUCAUCUAAGACAACACAAGCAAAUAUGGAGUUUUGGACAUUAACAUCGCUGGUGUGGUUCAUGUAUCUUUCGCUGCUUACCUCUUCGUUCAUAACGACUUCGCUACUUGAUUGCUGCUGUUGUAAGAAGAAAAAGAAGGCAAAUAAAGUUGGAGGUAAAUCUAGCAGACCUCGUAAAUUGGCCUCUGUAACUCCAGAAAAGGAGGCGACCCGUGUUGCUGCUGCUGGUAAGAAACCAACAACUAUCCCAAGCCCGCCGAAGACACAAGUUGGAAAGAAGACAAAGGCAAACACUGAGGAAACCACUACAACUAAAAAAGUUCGAUCAAAAGAAUCAAAGAAAUCCAAGCAAUCAAAGAAGGCGAAACUCUCAAAGUCUGGUUCACCCAAAAAUUCCAAGCAUUCGCGCAAGCACAAAAAGGAUAAGGAUGAUGGAGGUGAUUCAGAAUCGUCGAAAGGAGCUUUGGCGGAUGUUCAUUUGAGUGCUGAGCCAAUCAAACCGAGGUCAUUCGUCCUUGAUGAGAAGGAGGCAAGAAUCAAGAAUGAGAGUUUGAAGAAAGAAGAGGCAGAUCCAUAUCCUACAAUUUCGGCUUUUCUUUCGGAUAAAGACGAUGAUUAA